UAGCCGGCUGUUUGCUAGUAGCCUAGCUUAUGCGUUACUAAUGCUACUAGCUGACUGUCGCUAAGCAACAACGAGUUUUACAAAGUGUGUUUAACGCUGCUACAUGAGGCGCUGCUAAAGGGUCUUAUGAGUAGCGCAACAUUCAGGUGAACUGCCCUCUCCGGGGGCUAAAAAUACACACUCACCAAAUUUGACUGGGUGAGCUGCUGUAAGCUAACGUUAGCGAACUCUGGCAGCUGCCAGGCUCAGUAACAGUAGCUUCUAGUACUUUGGGAACAAUUACAGCAGAAAAAUGGCUGAGGCAGUCGCAAAAGUGGCGCGGAGGGUUAAUGCAACUGUAGAGGAGGGGAAAGAUAGUUUGGACCUGUCAAACUGCAAGCUCAUUUCUUUCCCAGAUGGUGUGUUCAAGGUCCUGAGGAGUGUCUCAGAAAACAUCCGCGUUAUCACAUUGGCUGACAAUGAGCUGAAGGCCCUUUCCAGCAAGUUUUUUUCAACCUUCACUCAGCUGAGAGAAUUGGACCUGCAAGGCAAUGUUCUCACAAAACUGCCUGACGCCGUGGGAGAAAUGGAGCAUUUGACCUGCAUCAAUCUGGCUAAUAACAGCUUCUCCAUCUUCCCUGAUAAGCUUACUGAAAUAGCCACACUGGAGAGGAUUAACCUGGAAGGAAAUAGCAUCACCGAAAUACCAGUGGAGAAGUUGUCUGACAUGCCAGCACUGAAGUGGCUAAACGUGAAGUCAAACCCUUUGGACUCAAGCACUCAGUCUGCUCUGCAAUCUGGCCACAAUUUUGACAUUUUGUCAACAGCAGAGUCCUAAAAUAUGUCACAUAUUACAUUUACCCACCUAUAGACUGCAUGCUUGUGUGCCUUUAACUACUUCAGUUGGAUGCCUCUUCGUGCCUGAGCGAUGAGAAAACAUAAUACUUGAAGAUAAUGAACUGAAGAUAUCACAGUGGGUUUACAAGAGACAAGAAAACAGACGUGUAAAGACGGCGUCAUCCUUGAUAGAGUUUUUCAGUCCUGCUGGCGACCACACCCUGCGGCCUCUACUUUAUCUCUGUAUGAACUACAAAGAGCUGAAGUUUGGAGAUGAAAUCAAUCCAUCUUUAUACACCAUUUGACAUGUUUUUGGCUCAAUUGAGACAAAAGUCAUAAAUAAUGACUUAUUUAUUAGUUUUGAUAGUAUAAAAAAAUCAUACACUGGAAA